AUGGAGCUGAGCAGGAGGAAAGUGCCUCUGUAUGUGAGUAUGUGCUCCAGUUUGCAGUCAAAUUUGAGAGCAGAUCAGCCUCUCCUUUUUUAUUAUCUAGAGAGUUUGCUAUCCCUCUGGAAAAUCUCUGCAAAUUGAAUUAAGAAUACAAGGAGAAAUCAGCAGCCACAUUUAGAUCAACUGAAAGUCUGUGCAGAGGUUUGGUGCUCAUGACCAAACAAUUGUGUUAAAUGAAAGUGAAUCAACUGUUGGUCACUAUCUGAAUGGAUUUAAUUGUUUUCGAUUUAUGCAUCAGUACAGAACAUGUAAUCUAAUCACGGACUGCAAAGUUGUGCUUUUAUUGAUGAAAAAUAAGACAUCAGAGUCAGGGGUCAGUGAGGGCGCCAUGAUGAAAGAAAAACUGCUCUCACCACUCAUCAAACAUUGUUGGUCUUUGAAUGAAACGUACAACAGUUUUGCUGACGGGUUAUUUGAGCUCUGACUCAUACUUUGCAGUAAAAAUAACCGUAUUCAUCAGCCUGGCAUUUGUGUAUAUAACUAGUAAAUCAGUAACUGUGGUUCAUUCAUACUAAUGUUUUUAUUUGUGUUGUACACUGAGAGAUGUGUAUUUGCAGUCAGCCUGAUUUGUAUUGUCUGUAGUCGUGUUGAGCCAUUAAAGGGCUCUCUUUUUUGUGGGAUUAAGCUGAAGUCAAACAGGGCAGGACUGCUGUCAAAUAUGUUUUUGAUAGUUUCAGUUUUGGAUCCAGUCCAUUGCUGAAGAUCAAAAGGGGGACUACAUCAUAAAUUCAAUUGAAUCCUUUGACAUGUUUUUAAAACUGUUUUCCUUUGACUCGAGGUAACUGAGGGGUUACACAACUUUGAUUGUGGACACUUGCCCAGUUCAUGUAAUGAAACACCCACGUCCCACUUUUGUACUUUCUUUCUAUAGAAGCAAACAAAUGAAAAAGAAAAUACAUCCAUUUCUGCAACACGUCUUUUGUACGGGAAGAGACUUGGAGCAAAAUGCUAACAACAGUGUUGUUGGAUACCAACAAUGACAGAUCUUGACUGCUUAUGGGCACCAAAUACAUAAUAAAUCACAAUACUUAUGAUGGUAGGUAUAUUAGGUUGUUAGCAUGAUAACAGUUGCUAGCUAGGACUAUGAUUGGAGUUUGAUUUUAGAGGCGUGUCCAGAGACGUGGCUGAGGAUGGCCUGAGCUUUGGCCAGUUCAAAAUCUCAAACUAUCAGUACGUUUUCACUGUGGCAAUUUCACUGGAAUAAUGUCUUGAGUUUACAAGCUCUGGAUAAGAAUUGAGUUAUUGACAGAAGCAAGUCUGCCUCUCAGUUUACGACUAUCUGAACGUCUCCCACUUGAACUAUUAUGUAACAAAAACAUCAGCUGAACCCAUUACCAAGAGGCUAACAGGAUAUGUAUGAAAGCACCAUCAUUUUUACAGUUUAGUACCUUUUGUUAGUGUAAUAGAAAAGUUCAGUCUUUUUAAUGUCCUUUCUCCGUCUGUUGAGGUUUUGAUUACUUCCUGGCUGCCUUGCAGUCCAUUUAUGUUUGUCCCAGUUAGCUGCAAAGUUCGAUUUAGUGCAAUUUUACUUGAACUAAAAUAUGAACAAGAUUUUUAAAAGUCCAGUUUCUAUCAAUUUUUUGGAACAACAUGGAAAUGUACUCUAUGAUCAGCUGUUUGCAUGGUCAGAGUUGGGAUUUAAGUUUUUUGGCAUUCAUUAAAUUGACUGAAAUUAGUAAAAAGGACAUGAAAAAGUGAACUAGACCAUCAGUGGCAAAACUGGCUAUUUUAAAAGUGUAUUUCUUUAAUGCCUUCAUUGGGGGCAAGGGGGUAGGUGUCAGCCUAAGUGCUGAAAAAAAAAACACCCUGAUUUUGUUUUUUCAACCUAAAAUAUUCACACUGAAUGAUAGAUUUGACUGACAGAAGUGAUCUGAUUGAGAUUUAUUUGUUAGAAAACACUUCUCGAGUAAGUAAAAGUCCCUUAUAGGAGCUUUAAGUCCGAAUCAACUAUUUAUGCUCCACUGAAUCAGAUUGCUAGCUGCUUCCUCCCUCCUUAUCUGUUAAUGCUUAUGAUUAUUAAAAACCACUUCACUCACCGUUUUUUCAAGAGCACAGGUGCAUAAAGAAGAAAAAUAUUUAUAUCUGAACGUCGCUGAUAAAUGUUGACAGCAAGUGUGCAGGGUUUGCUUGCAGUUUUUGAGUCUGAUGAUUAAAUGUAAUAUCUGUGUAAUACUGUAAUGUGAAUUGUCAAAGAAGAUGCAAUUGAUUGAGACAAAAAGGAUGAAAUUAGUGCUAUAUGGUUGUUCAUGUUUGUGCACAUAUCUGAUGAACACUCCCUCUAUAGGUCAAUGAAAUUUGAACACACCCGUCUUAGAGAGGUAUGAUAGUCUGGUCCUAUUUUCUUGCCAAACCACCAACCCAAAACCACGUAUACCUGCCUGCCAGAGCAGCUUUUCCCUAUACAGACACACAGCAUAUACAUGAGUGCCAGAACAACAGUUUUUUUGUUUUAAAGUCAGUAUCUAUCAAGACAUUCUUUAAGGUUUAAUGUCUAGUAUCCUAUCUGGAAGUCACAGCUUCAUUAGUGCUCAACAUCUGGUCAGGUGAGGAGUUUUAAUGAGGGCAGAGGAAGGCGGUGCAAAGCUGUGUGUAAACCUAAUGUUCCCUCUGUCAGAGAAUAUCCGGCUCAGGGAUGAAGAAAUGGAUAAGUGAACUGAAAGGUGGGAUUAGGUGAGACAGAGAGCCAUGGAGGAAGGAUUACUGACAUUGUUUCUAUCUGAGAAAGUGAGAGGAGUACAGAGGAAAGCUUCUCGGUUUUACAGCAUCAGAAAUGAGGUCAGUGCUCGGGGUGAUGCAAGGCUAAUAGAUAGACUCUCAUGAGCAAAAAAGAGAGAGACUUUUAAAAAUAUCUCCCUUUUUCUACACCAUUAAAAACUCAGACAGCACUUCAAGUCAAGCCUCAGAUUCUAUAUUUUUGGUUUUCUCUUCAGCCUGUCUCCGGUGCUCCUGCUUCAGCUGGUCAUUUGAUAUGUUUCCCAGAAUAACCCAUACACAUUGUGUCAUGUGGCUGCACUUCUGUUUGGUCUAUUGAAGCUGCCGUAGGUGGACAAAUGAUGUUUUUUACAAUAGAUGCUUCCCCUGUGCUGCCAUACACAUAGGUGGAAAUCAGUUACUCCAUGAAGGUGCUAAUUUUGUUGAAUUAUCCUGAGGGACUGAAACUGAGAUAUUCUGUUAAAUCAGCCAUAGCCCUAAACACUGGGGUGACCAAGCCUUUUCAGCUGCUGGUCCCAGGCUCUGGAAAAAGCUCCUCACAGAAAUGCGACUUAUUUCUGACCUGGGCCUUUUCAAUUCUUGACUGAAAGCCUAUUUAUUUAUGCUGGCUUUCAAUACCCAGUAGCAUGGUGACACUUUUACUUUAUUUCAGUCAGGAUCACUUUAGUCGAAACUAAUUAUUCAUUACAAGCAAACAUUUUUACAUUGACGGUAUGGCUCUGUUCUGAGAGUUCCCUGCCCUUCCAUGCGCUUGCAUGGAAUGCCACGGCUAUAAGAGGGUAGAGCUCCUCCCCUCCCUUUUAUGUGCAUACAUGAAAAGCCAAAGGCAGAGAAGCAGCAGCAAGUAAAUACGAUUAAGAUAAAUACAUCAAAAUCCCCCUACAGAACAGAGCAAGCAUCAGUGAGAUUCAUAUGACACUGGUAAGAUUAGACACAACAUAAACAGGAGGAGCUGGGGUGGAGGUGGGUUGCAGAGUGGUUGCAGCAGGCAGAAUAGGCAGGAGAAGCAGAUUAAAUAGGGCGCCAUUUUGACAUUAGCCAAUAGGAUGUGUAGAGGGCGAUCACCUGAGCUGUCAGCUGACUGAGGGCUAGCUUAAGAUCAGCUGAACGUAGCCUUUAGCUUGACUCUGUGACCUGCCUGAACUACCGCUAUGCUUCAUUUUAUUGCGUUGUAAUUUAUUAUUUUUAUUCAUUUUAUUGCUUUUUAUUGUUUUUAUUUAUUCAUUUUUAUUUACUAUGUAUUCUAAAGCACUUUGGUUCACUGUAAGGGUUGUUGUAAAGGGCUGUAUAAAUAAAAAACAUAGUGGAUCCGAUUGCUUGGCCCAGCAGCCACCAAUCACUAACUGAAAAAGUCAACAAGGCUGAUCCUAAGUUAUUUAUAUCCAGCCAAAAACCCCUUACUGGAGCUUUAAAAUCACUGUUUUGGUUCUUGUGAGUCUCAUCAAUCUUUCUGAUUUCCUACUAAGAAAUAAUAACUCUUAUAAACCCCUGUUACACUUCCUGCCCAGACAGCAGACUUGCAAAGUCAGUGGCGAGCUGGUGGAGAUGGUGGAGCAUUUAGCGGCUAAAGAGUGAGGUAUUUCCCUUAAGCUUCAGUGUGAAUAAUUGAUUUCUCAGGCUGACAUUAAGUUAUUUAGCUGGUGAGGAGGUAUCCAUCAGGAACUGUGUUUGUGUGUGUCAGGUUAAAAAUCAAACCUGACACAUUUCAAUGACCUGGAGUUUGAGCGUGGCCUCUUCAGUGAGGGUUUACAGACUGGUGAAGCUGACACCACACGUUGUUAGACCUUCAUCAGACCUGGACAAACGUUUUUAAAGGCUCCACAUCAGUCUAUCUGCUGUGCCUUGUUUCACCUUCCUCCACCUCAGAUCAGCAGGUUGUUCGGGUGUGCUGGGAUCAGGGCAGGUCUUUGCUGUAGACGUGAAAGACAUUCCUGUUUUUAUUGAGGAGUGAGUGCUUUAGUGUAACCUCAGAAGGAAUGCCGUCGAGGGAUUUGCUGUGCUUUACAGAAAUGUCGAGCUCUGCAUCAGAAUAGAGUUUGCCUUUGAAUGUGAGCCUGCAUCUAUGAAUAGGGAUACUUUUUUACACUUGAGCAUCCUCUUUUUUUCAUCCCCCCUUUUCAGCCUCUCUCACCUUUCUUUAUCUCAGGGCCAGGCAAAGGUAUUUGCUCUGCUGGAGGGUUUAGACUCGAUGCCAGAGGACACAGAGGUCUACGUUGUUUUGGAAGGAUCCACGCUUGUCCAUGUCACCCUGGCCCAGCAUGAUGUCAUGCUAUGCUUUAUAGUCCCUGGUAUGUGCAUAAGUACUUGUAUUGUAAGUAUGUGCUAAUGUCCUCAGCAGUCAUUUCCUGUGUUUUACAAGCUUAAUGGAGCGGUGUAUUCACAUGCAUACUUCAAACUACACAUCCUGACAAUCCAAGGUUUUCCACUCCUGUCUGUUGAGACUGUUAAUCUCUGUUUGCAUCCCUGCACAAACACACAUGCACACACAUGCACACACAUACACACACUCUCACUCACACAAGCACAUAUACGUAGACUGUCUGUCCAAGUGGUCUGGAAGGAUGCAGAAUCUUAUCAGCUUCCUCUCAGGAGGGAAACGUCUCCAUAAACAAUACGUCAACAUUACUGAGCCUCUGUGUAGGUUGACACAGACAUCAGGAGCUCCUGCAGGCUGGCUGACUCUCUGCAGAAGCUCGACUCUUAAAACCUACUGUUCUCCUGCCUGCUCUAAAAAAGACAAAAGCAAACAUUUUUUAGGCGUGAGAAACUUAGUCUGGGCUGAAAUAUGAAAUUUCUGUAAAUGAACAGUUCAUGAGGGUUUGUGUUUUUGCCUUGUCACUUUAAAUGUGUAUAACUUUGAUUUUUAAUCCAACUUUUAAAGACUUCAGAUCAAUCUUUUUUAGAAAGACAAGUAUUUCAGUUGAUUUUAUUAAAAGUAGAUCUAAUCACAGUUGGGCACAGACUGUUUGAUGACUAUGGACAGUUUGGUGUAGUUGUAGGUGGAGCUUUUUUUUUGUUGAUACUUUAUUUCAUUAAGUUAUUAUAUAAAACAUUCAAUACAAACCAGGAAAAAUCUAAAACAUGUGAAUGAAAAGGAGAAGAAAGAAGAAAAGUCUUAUAAAGUCUGCCCCUCUUUCAAGAUGUUAAUCAGCGAAACACAUAAUAAAAAAUAAACAAGAGCUGCGGGCCGACAUACCUUUUUAUAGUUCAUUAUUUCUCAUUUUCAAAAACAACCCACAAAACAAACAGAAAAGACCACUUGUUAAUUCAUAUUUUUUACCAAACAAACACAACAAGACUUUAAUUACCAUAUUUCCCUGUAUUUACUCAACAUACUGGCUUUGACACUUUUUUGAAGAUCAAAUUUGAUUUAAUUUCUUUAGUUUCUUUGUUCAGAUUGUUCCAUAAACUGAUUCCUCUCACUGUAACACAGCGCUCAUUUGGUUUAGUUCGAAAUCUUGGCUUUUUAAAUAUUUCAAAUCCUUUGAAAUUAUAACAACUUUUCUUUUUUCAAAUCGGCUCUGGAUGUUGACUGGUAAAAUUUUCUUAUGAGCUUUAUACAUAAUCUGCAACAUACUGAAAUCUACUAACUCGCUGAAUUUCAACAACUGCAAUACGUCUCAUUCUGUACAUCGAAGCUCUUUUUAAAUGUGGGCCUUGAGUAAAGCUUGGCUGUGCUGUGCCCCUUUUUAGGGCACAACCUGGCUGAGAUGGUCUCGGUGCAGGCCUACAUGUGCUCUGAAACCACACCCCUCACAUGGGUGGGUGGAACUUCACUGGAGUAUGUCCAAGACGAUGCUCAGGUAUGGAACAGAUACAGAUUUGAGCCUGUUACACACAUGUCCUUAAAGCUGAAAUUAAGUCCAUAACAUCGUUUAAAUCACUUCUUAAAACUCACUUUUUUAGACUUGCUUUUACAUGAUGCACUGUUUAUUUAUUUUAUUGCCCGCUACCUCUUGUUUAACCUUGUCAGUUAUUAUUAUUAUUAUUAUUAUUAUUAUUAUUAUUAUUAUUUUUAGUCCUGUUUUUAACAUUUUCUCAUAUUUUAAUAUACUCCCUCUCUUUUCAUUAUUACCCUUAUUUAACUUAUCUUAUUUUAUUAUCUAGGUAUUUAUUUCUCUUCCUUUUAUCUGUCCUCUAUCCAUCUUCUUCUUUUUCACCAUCCUGGUGUGAUGCCGUCAACCAACUGCCAAUCUUUAAAUGUCCAUUUCUAACUGUGCUUUUUUUUUUUUAAACUGUCAAUUUUCCUUUGUUUGCUUCUUCUGUUAAAGUACUUUGUGAACAUCUGUUUUUAAAGGUGAUAUAUAAAUAAAGUUUUUAUUAUCUUCUUUUAUUAUUAUCUAACUGAGGAAAUAAAUGAAAGCUGUAGGAACAGCGAUAAUCACUCCCCCUUGAAUCAGACUAGAGCUGAGAGAGAGAAAAUCUUCUCACCUCGGUUUGCUGCUGGCUGUUUUUUUUUUUUUUUCUUUUUGCAUCUCACAGAUUGUACCUAUUUCUUGACUGUGUUUUUUUUCCCAGGAACUGGCAGAGCACCUGAUUAUCCAUGGACACUGCCUGAGCUCCACAGAUCACAUAGAGUUGAGCAGCCUUUUCAACCUGGGCCAGCAGAGCUCUCGCUGGGCCAUGGAUCGUCGCGUUGCCCUGGCCAUGGCCAACCUAGAUAUACCGCAGAACUGGAACGUACUCGGGGGUCACAGCGGCGAUGGUGAGAGCAGGAUUAUCUUCAUGAAUAUGUUCAUAAAAUCACGUGAGGAAGAAGUGUUUGAAAUUUAAAAAAAAAAAGCAUUUUAAAGACGGCAGAAAUUCUCCCAGGAGGGUGAACUGUUGAACUCUGCUCACCUCCAUCCAGCUACCUCGCAGCUAUCAGUCCCAUUUUCCAUCCAUGCUCACUAGGCUGAAAAUCGGAAGAGAACAUGGUCACAUGUGUGUUCCUGUUGAAUUCAUCAAAGCCAAUUAGGCAGCAUGUAAUGCGGUUAAUAGAGCCUUUCCAUCCGAAAGAAGCCCGAGGCAAAGCUCGAUAAAUCUGAGGGCAAGAGCGUGUAUGGAUGUACAGUAUAUAUAUGUGUGUGUUUGUGGUUUAUGAGUACACCAUGUUUGCUAGAUGCCACCAUCUGUUUGUGUAGGGCCACCUACAUAAAAUACAAACCAGAUUUAGCGUUAAUAUAGUUAUGGCAGUCUGUUUCAUUGCAGCGUCUCCCUCUAAAUGUCUGUGGUUAAUCUGAUAAGACUGCCGCUGACAUCACUCUCUCGCUGGAGCUUUAUGGCACUGAGUGAUCUUUCUCUGACUUGCCUUUGGUGGCUGCUGUUUUUCUAGUGGCUGCAUUGUUAUAUAGAACUAUCUUGAUUUCGUUGUAACAGCAGUCCCAGAGCAUGAUGGAUUUUGAUUUGGGUAUCUUUGAUCUAAUGGAAACAGCCAUUAGAUCUGAAAAAAAAAAAAAAACUUUAUUUAUUGUUUGUGCCUCAAAUUAAGUUAAAAAUGUAUCUCAUGAAAACAAGUCUAAGUUUUUCUUGCCUUCGUUGGAAUAACAAAUGAUCAUAUUUAUGAGACUGAUGAGAAGUUUUUCUUCAACAGAACAGAAAUGUCUUUACAUAUUCAUAAGUUUAUAUAACUGAAUUAAACAACUUUUGUUGGAGUGUAACUUUGGAUGUUCCCUCAUAAACCCCAUUAUGCUAAAUGCAUCCUUUUCAAAAAGAUAUAUGACAUCCAGCAAAACACUUUUCAGCAGCACAGUCCUCCUGUAGCUGCUGGUGUGAGUGAAUAGAACUGUUAUUUGAAUGAGACUGAGGUGUUAAUCAGGCAGAAAAGCCAAAACGGAAGCUGAAUUGAAUCAGAAACAUUGAUUUUCAGAGUGUCAGUCAGCGCUGUCAGUGCAGACGAGUGUUUCUCUUUCCCAGUGUGUAUUUCAUCAGACUCACUCCCACUUUUGACUCCUUCUCUUGCUCCAUUCUUGCAGUAUUGAUGACUGAUGUAGAAUCAGCUCACAAAGCAUCAGUCUGGCUUCUUUGAGUCAUUUUUUGUAUCUUCCCUUUAAAACUCAGGUGACCCUCUGAGUCUUGAAUACACUGCUGGUUCCCUGACUAAUGUGACGAAGUUCUGCACUGACCGUCAUAAAUGUGACUUGGAGUCUGAACUACUGUUGCAUCAGUAAUGAGACCUUCAGUGUGAUAACAACAAAAACAUGGAUUUGAAAUUCUACUCAUGUAUAGACUGUAAAAAGUGUUUGUCUCCAGAGUGCAUUACUUUGACAAUGACCAAAGAUUGUCCCUUUUUAAAGGAUUUAGCUUGUAGCUGGACUGUAGCUGAUUCAGUGCAGUCAAGUUACCUGGAUACAUGUCUUGUUCAGCGUGAGUGGCAGCAAUAUAAGCUCUGGUUUCCUUAAAGUGGGUCAGUGGGGCAGAGAGAUCCAGCGACUGAAUCAAUCAUUGACAUUUAGGUUAAUUAUCACGAGGAGGUUGGUGAUUAUAAGGAAAGGAUUUGUUAUAUUAGUGUCCUCCUAGUUUUCUCACAUUCAGUCAUUUCCGAUGUGCAGAGCUCCUUUUUAUCAUUUUUUUGAUAUCACUUCGUCUCAUAUUUUUUUCUUUCACUCUCAACCUCACCCUCAGAUCACAGUCUCAGGGAGUCCCCCCUCCACCUGGCCGUGAGGUGGGGUCUGUAUCGCCUGGCUGAACUGCUGCUUUGUCAGCCAGGGGGUCUGAUGGCCAUCAGUCUGCCAAAUGAAGAGGGAGUCACGCCGCUGCAGCUGGCGCAGACGGCAGGCAACACCGAGCUGCUGGAGCUUCUCACACAGUAAGAUUAUUGGCACAGACCACACACUUACUUCAAGCAGAGGCGUGGAUGAAUCAAUCACAGCUAUUAUCCAGUCAUAGAUUUACUCGUUUUUUAAAAGGUCAAAGAUUCAUGACCUAGACAAAGACAGGUUUUAUAUCAAUCACAGGUUUAACUGUCAGUAAACCCAAAGCUUCGUGUCUGGAAGUGUAGCAGAGAGGUGGAGCACCACAAAAAUUCACAAAGGCAGGGUAAACUUAGCUGAGUACAGGUUCAAACCCAGAACCUGCUAUGCUAACCUCUGCACUGCCAUGCCUCCGAGCUAUUAGCCCAGAUAAUUUGGAUUCUUUAGAUAUCUGCACUAAUGUAAAUAUACAGGUCAAAGGACUUUUUUAUGAAGAUGUAAAAUGCUAAACACCAGUUUGUAAAAGCUGACAAACCCAGGAAUGUCUCAGGCUCAAUCUGGAUCCAUAAAUCUUGGAGCUCACCUCUGUAGACCUGUUUACUUGGCCUAAAAAGCCAGACUAUACUUUCAUCUGCUGAGUGACAGGGAAUUGUUUAUACAGCCACAUAGUCUGGAAAGUCUUUGCAGCCGCAUUUCAGAAUGUGAACCCUAAUGGGUUCCCUCUGUGAUUAAACUAACCCACCUGUCCUCGUGCAGCCCACCCAACCCACUCGCCACCCCGCCAGCAGGUCUGUCUCAGGUUUGGGCAGACCGGUCCAGCUUGCUCAGGUUCUGCCAUGACACAGGGAACCUGACUCUGACUGUUCGGCAGAACCUGAGGUGGAGCUCUGAGGAGAGCCGGCACUCUGACAUCCUGCUCCUCAGGAACCGGCUCAGGGACGAGGAGUUCCUGCGGGAGGUGAGUCUGGGUCUACACUCUGAGGGACUGUGCAUGUAAACAAAAAUGAUCAUGUGUGUAUGAGAACAUUCAAACAAGACAAGUGGACAGUACACCCCCUCCUCAUCGAUUUCAACUUCUACUCAAACAUUACCUCUGCACCCACAGAUCAAAGCUCUGAGGAGGGAGCGUGUGGAGACCAUCUUAGAGAAAGAGGAGCUGGUGGAUGAUCCUGCAGAUAACGGUACCUCACUUCUCUUAUCCACCUGACUUUGUUGAGUUUCUAAGACCUGGUUACUCUAAACCAUCUAGACUUAACUCUUCUCUUUCAUGUUGAAGUGACCCUUUUUUCAGUUUUUGGUGGUUUAUGAGGAAAGACAGUUAAAGCUUGAGUCAGGCCACAUUAUUUAUAGACAUUGGCUGCCCUCCACUGAGGGAUUGAGGUACUGCAAGUACAGGAAAAUGUGCUGAAGGGAAUUCUCGUGUCUUGUUUUGAUUCAAUUAACCAUAGAUGGGGAAAAAAGGGACUGGUAAUCAUUUCAGUUAUGCAACUUCUAAUGUGAGACAUGGAAGUUAUUGCAUAAUACAUGUUCAAAGUAUCAGUGUGCCAACCACUGUAUGCUGAUAAACCUCAAUCUUUGACACAUUACACAAAUAUUAAAUGUAACGUUCAGCUCAUGGCCAAAAUACACAAUAACAAUAAUGUGUUUAUUUCUAUUACCUCUUCAAGUCAGUAUAUUUUAUAUACUUGUAUAUUUUUACAGAGUUGAGUAAAGCGAUAAAAAGGCACGUCUAGUUAAUUCUGAGGUGAAAAUUGGAAGGUCACAGCCUCUUUUACAAGAUUACUCUCCUUUUUCUGUGGAGCAGCAUCAGAGCCAGCUGGCAUCACUGCAUCAGCCUCCAGUGAAUGUGUUUUAUGGUCUCAUACUGUAUACAGUUGUUGUCAGAGGUCUAAGCUCCUGGUUCAUCCUCAUCUCACUAAUGUCUACAGUAUCUUGUUCCUGCCGCUCCGUCCCGGCCUUUAAAUCCUUUAUUGGUUUCUGCUUCUUCCCUUUUCCUGCACUUCCUGCCUUCAUGCGACCCCAGACCUCAUAUCAAACCACCAAAACUGCUCAUGUCUGCUUUGUUUGGGUUUCCUUUGAUCCGGGAGGGAUGUGGUAGUUAAAAGAGAUCAAGGCUGCGUGGUAAAGAUCUCCCCAGGUUAUGUCAGGAAAAAUGCGAGCCGUACAGGGUACAUACGUUGUUAAAAACGGACAAACAUGUGUGCCUCUUUUUGAAGUUUAAUGGAUGCAUCUCGGUAUGUUUUCUCUUCUUCCAGCUCUGUACUCUGAUUCCAAAGGAGGGCUCUCUGCUGUUGGAGAAAAUGUGAGUGUUUGAUUUGAAAGGCAGUAACACAUCUUUUACUAUGAACUUAAAUUUGAACGAAGCUGUAAAACCGUCUAUGAUUAUGUUUAAACAGCUGUAUCUCAUGAGUCCAGUUAGCGCUCCCUCUAACACUUUCCAGACGAAGUUUCUCUUCUUUUUUUUUUUAAUAAGUCCAGGUGUUGUCUGGGUAUCUUCUUUCAAAUCUGAAAAACCCAAAGGUUCAUUUUAAGCUGCGAACAUCUGUAUCAGCUCUUGCCAACCACUGCAAAAAGGCGCUGCACCUCAAUGUUGGACGUUUGUUUCACUCUUAUUGUUAAGGUGUUGGAGUCUGCACCUCACACACUUCAGUGAAUAGGCGACUUUGUAAGGAGUCAAGUGUAUGUUUCAUGUUUGUAAAGGUGUGGUGUGUGCAAACGACAUCCCAUAAGACCUGUUUUAUGUGAUACAGAUGCUUGUCUAAGUAAUGAUCUGUUACACACCUCCACACUUUCUCUUUGUGCUUGUUCUGUUUUUUUUUUGUGAGAGAGGUACGCUGACGUGAAAACCACAGAAUAGGAAUGGGUAUGCUGUUAGGUAAAAGGUUCCUGUUUCUCCACUCAGGACUAUGAGGAGCCGCUGAUGUUCUGUCUGAAUGAGGAAGAUGAAGAGGAUGAUCCAUCACAGCCUGACCCUGGUAAAUGUUCCUUUUUUUAUUCUCUCUCUGGAGAGGCUCUUUUCUUUGAAACCUGUCUUUAGGCACUGCUUAAUCUCAGAGCUUGUGAACAGAUCGUGUUUUGUCUGGGGCUGAAAGUUUUAUUCAUAGAAAGUUACGCAAGCAGCUUCCAGUCAUCGAUGAGUCCAAGAGCAGGAAAUAUUUCCUUUCCUGGACAGACCUCUUAUCCUGAGCCGUGACCUUCUGCCAUCCCCGCAGACUUUGGGAUCACAUUUCAGCGCUCUUCCUUGUCUUGCCCCUCUUCCUCUGAACCUUGGAGUCCUGUCACUCUCUGUUUACAGUGAUCAUCGUACUGAGAAGGAAUUUCUUUAAUACCACAUGUUGGGAAGACUCCUGUAAGCCAUCCUAUUAGUCAUCUGAUUCUUGCAUACUUUGACAGAGGCUCCUAACUGAACCUGAACUAAGUGACUGUAGGUGACUUCACUCUGAUCUGCCUCUGGACAGGAGGGGGAGGAUUGUGGAGUGGGAACAUCCUGCGGGUUAAUAAUUGGCUUGUAUUGCAGCAGAGCAGACUGAUGCCUCGGUGUAAGAAUGCUGUGGUCACAGGCUGAGGCUGCAGGCUUUAUAACACUUGGCAUCGGACAUCUGCAAUCUAGACUUCCUGUGGCUGAUGUUUUCCGUGCUGUAUGGCUUGGCCACGAUGAUUCUGUGUGCGUUUGUGUGUCUGUUUGUCAGUGUCUGUGUGUGUGUGUGUUUAUUGGCUAGUUGAGGUUGUCAUAUUCCUGGGCAGUCUUUGAAGAUGCCUGCCUGUGACCUAGAUUGAUCCCUUUUUGGUGGUUCAGACGAAUAACACUGGUCACCAGGAUCCUGUUUUUCCCCUCAGUGUAAUGUUUGAUGAAACAAUAGAUCGGACUGAAAAUGACUCAGCGUUUAUAUAUGCUAUUCCUCCAGGAUUACGAUGCUGGUCUGACCUCUGAGGAAUUUUGAUUCCUUAUUAGACAUCCUCAAGCUGUCAGGCGUUACGAGUGACUGGAAGGUUUGAUUUCUUUGCAAACUAGUGAAGCACAAAGUGGGAUUCCAGUCUGUUUUUAUCGAAUGCAAUAUGGCUGCUUGACUUGAGCUAAUGCGUCAUCAGACGGACACACAGACAGACACAGCUACCCUACCAGAGCUUCAGCAGGGGAUGAGGAAUUUGGAGCCAAACUGUCAUGUUCCCCCUGUCUUCUUGAUGCCAGCUUUUCCCUCUCUCCACUUCUGCUGUCAGUUCAUUCCUAUGGCCAUAAUAAAAUACAGUCUAACUACAGCGAGUUUUACAGUUUAACAAUCUGAGUGUUGGAGUUAGAAGAUUUUUUAACACUUGAUAUGAACGUCCUUGUAAUAAGCAUCAAUUAUCAGCUAAUUAGCCACUUAAAAGACCUUAAAAGAUGCUAACAGACAUGAGUAAAUGUUAAUAAAACAUAAUUAAGAUACCUAUUAUUACUUAUAAAACACUUACGGGCUCUCGUAAGAAACUUGUUAACAGUGUUAACACCUGUUAUGAACAUCAGUAGGGUGUUUAUUUUCAUUAAUCAGAGUUAAUAAACAAACAUCAUAAGGGUUUAUCAAUAAUAAAUGAACAUCUAUUAUUAGACAUGCAUCAAGCAGGGUCAGGUUAAACAUGUUGAGGAUUUUUAACCACAUAGAAGGUCUCUGUGUGAUUUUAUGCAGGCUAAAAAGGAGCACUUUUAACUGUUCAUAAAUCUUAGUCUUGAUGAGACACUGGUCCCACUUUAGAUCCAUCGGCUGCAAACUGAUAUUAUCAACUUUUAAUCAGUGUAUAAAAAGAUUAAUUAAUAUUUUUGAUGCACUUAUUUUUAACCUUUUGUAGUCAUGUCAUAUACCGUCUAAUCAAAGUAAAUUAGUGGUCCUUAUAUUUUAUAUUUGUAAGAUUCUAGUGAGUGCUUAAAGGGAAGCCUCAGAGCAAUGAUAAAUGUUAUUUAUGACUUUAAUAAAGACCCAUAAAGUUAUACUGAUGUAAAUAAACAUCUAGACAGGCGUGAUAAACACUGUAAACAAGUUUGUAAUGUGUUUAUUAUGCUUAUUAUGGUUAUUAUAACACUUACUAACCUCAUGUUAUGAGGUCUUAUAAGUGGCUAAUAAACUAUUCAUGAAUGCUUGUUAUAAAGUGUUAGCGAUUUCUCUCUCUAUCUCUCUCUCACUCUCGCCCUCUGUGUAUAUACAGUAUAUAUUUAUAUAUAAAAAGUUAUAUAUAAACAUGCAUACUGAUACAAAACACACGACUAAAUAAAGAAACAGACGUAAUAACAAAUAAAGAAAUGAAAGAAAGAGUAAAAGCAAAUGAAGAAAAAGCUUCUUUCCUUAAAUACAGUCAACAAACAAACAAACAUGAACUAUUUCAAAUGCGUUGAUAGAAGAUGACCUUCCAAAUGACUAUUCAGGGUAUGUGGAUCAAUUGUACAGUUAACCUACAAUCAAACAGAAAAAAAGAUAACCUUCUAUCUGUUGUCUGAACCCCCUCCUUUCCCCCACUCCUGCCCUCCUCAUGCCCCCUGAAAUUUAAAUACCCCACCCUAAACACACACUUGCCCCUAAAUACCUACACACAAACAAACCCUCAUGCACCCAUACCCCUCCUCAGGUCCCACCCUUCCAGGUCAGCAUUCUGAUGUGAGUUUAGUGAACAAACAGCAAAGACCACUUCAUCCCGAGGAGCCCUGCUUUCCACACUGAAGAAAGGAAGGAGGUCACUGUGUGUGUGUGUGUGUGUGUGUUUGUAUGUGUGUAUGUGUGAUGACAGUGUUUGUGUGCAGCGGGGAAGAGCGCUCUAAAGGGGGCAAGGGGUAUGAGGAAGUAAAAAAAAAGGGGUAGUUUGUGGCUGAAUGGGGGUUGCCAGGGCUUUGCUGAAUGCAGUUUUCCAGCAGCUUGUUGAGAUCCCCAGGGAGAGGAGAGUGGAGGCGUGUGAGAGUGGUGUGUGUGUCUGUUUGUAACUGUGUGUAAUGUGGGGACGAGAGAGAGAGAGAAAGAGAGAGGGUGGCCACCAGAAUGGGAUUUAUGAUAUGGAUAGUUUGGCAGGGCGACAACGGACGAUGAGAUCAACGCCAGAAACGCUAACAAGAGUCUCCGACCCCGGCUGAGCGAUCUAAUUGGAGAACGGAAAAAAGGAUUAAACCCCACACAGACCCCACAAAGGCAGCAUUAAUGUUCACCAGUACAGUGCCAACACCCCUUCCCAUGCACACACAUACACACACACACAUAGAAACCUCUUUCUAUAGACUCAGUGUACCUCUCCUCCCUCCCCUGCAUAUACUCCCCCUCCAAAACCCCUCUCAUCCCUUUUAUUCUCUCCUCUUUUUAUCACAUUCCUUCAUUUAUGUGCAUUUAUAAACCCAUGUUUGGCCUCUCUCCAGAGAGCCAUUGUUGGGCAUGUCUCUUAAACCCCCUUCACCAUCCCAUUCUCUCACUUUUACCACCUCUCACCACAUUUAUCCCCGCUGCUGCUGCUGCUGCGAAUGAGGCACUGUACGCCUCCUGCAAGUUGGCAAAGGGGGAAACAGGGGUGGCAGAAGAAGAAGAAGAAGAAAACAGCGGCGGCUCUCACUGCUGUCUCCAUGGUGAGGCUGCUGACCUGGCAGUCUGCUACCCCCCCUCCUCUCCUCGCCUCUCCUCUCCCCUCGCUCUAAACCUUCUUUUCCCCCUUCAGCUUGGCUUUGACAUGCUAAAACAUAGAGAAAGACACAGAGAAAAUGGAGUGGGACAGGGAGGCUCUUCAGAUGUGGCAUCAGGCGUGUUUUAGGGUGAAUACCUCCGAGCGUGUGGAGUGUGUUGCAGCUCCGCAGCCUCGCAUUUCUCUGAGAAAAUCAUGAACUCACAGGGUUAAUGAUUUCUCCCAUGUCUGAGACUCACCUCCACUUAACUGUCUGCCCUCCUGUUUGUCUUCGCUGUAGACUUCGAAGUCACUCCUCUGUUUGACUUUGCCUCUUUCCCUCUCUCUCUCUCUCUCUCUCUCUCUCUCUCCUUCAGUCACUCUUUCCGGCCGUCAGUACACUCCUCCCCCCUGCUCCUGCUCUUGUCAGCAUGUGUUGAUCCCCCUCUUGCCCCCUCCUUCCCUCCCUCUGUACUGUGUGUGGUGGAUGAGUGACUGACUGAGGGGGGACAGACAGAGAAAGAUUUGGAGACCUGUAUGUUGGCACAGAUUUGGGAAAGGCAGUCAGAGGAAAGUCAGAAGAAGAAGAGGGAGAUUCAGAGAAAGUAGCAGAAGGGGAAGACAAGCUUGGUCCCGGCUCUGUCCGAAGUUGGUACAAAGUUUUAGAAGGGGGAAGGGGUGGAUUUAAGGGGGAGGGGUGGCGGGGGGGAGACAGAGGGGAACAUGCUGGCUCACUCCUGAAGUGUCAGAGUGUCUACAGCGCAGCUCUGGAAAAAAGGAAAGUGAACGCUGCUGCAGCUUGUUGGCAGUCUGUGAGAAUGGAUGUAAACUGAGGCGCUGUUUAUUUAUUUAUCAAACACCCCGAGCUGUUUGGAUGAAGAUUUUCUUGAAGAUUACAAACUAUGGAUUCUGACUCCGACUCUCCUUUCAACUACUCCUGGCCCUCUUUUCCUAAGAUGAGGAUGCGCAGAAAGACGGGGAAGAAAGACAACAGUGAGUGGAUCUGUGAUUGAUACCUCUUCAUUUAUUCAUGUACAGAGGAGUCCUCUCGUCUUGCUUCCUUGGUGUAUUAGAAGUGAUAGAAAUCUACACUUUUAGAGAUUGUCACAUAUUCUCAGAUCAUUGUCUCAGAGUGGAGGUGGUGUUUCUGAUCUGUCAACUGAUGCUGCAUGUGUAAAGAGAGUGUUUGUCUUUAUUCUGUGAUAUGUCCUCCCUACACAUAGGCUUCACCACGAGGCUCCCUCCCUACACGCAGACACGUCUCAGCACUCAGUCAGUGCUGAACAAUACGGUUAAAAUUAGACCGCUUUCCAUUACACACUCUUAUUCACAGGCCUCCUCUGCUGCAGCGAGUCAAUCACAGUGAGAUAACUGCAUGUUUGCCGCUGAUGUAACCUGAUAUCUGACAGUACGUUGGGGAAUGUCAGAUGUCCACUCAAGCCUUACUGAGACUCUCUGGGCUUUCCACAUCCUCAGGCUGCUCCGUUGUUUGCAUGAAUGAUCCCCGCUGAGAAGUUGUGGCCUGGUGUGACUGCAAAAGAGAAAACCCAGUUCUUUAUAUGGUCCUGAAUUUACCAAAAGCUGAAGCACCUGCUGUUUUAAGUCAUAAUCAGGCUUGAUUAUAAAAGUGCCACUCAGUUUUGCCUCUGUUUGUGUCUACCUCUGGAGUACAAGUUUGUUGCUUCAUUGUUAGUCAUGGGAGAGCUGAUGCCGAUGCCUAAAAUAGUGCAGAAUUAAACUAGAAUGGUUAAACAGUUCAUUGCUUGUGUGUGUGGGAAAAGAGAGAGAGACUGAGAGAGAGAGAGACACAGAGGGAGAUCAGGUUACUGCCAUGUCUGUGUCAUGGCUCAGCUCCAGGUCUCUUUUCCUCAUCGUUCAGUAUAAACCUCCGCAGCAGUAUCCCUGUCAUUGCUUUGUUAUUGUGAUUGACAUCACUCGUUUUCAUACACACUUUCUGCCUGUCUGUCUGCGCUUUGCAGAAACGGCAGAGCAUCAAAAAGAGGUGGUGGAUUUAUAAACUCACAAAGUCGAGCAGCUCUGGUGUCACCGUGCACCUGCGAAGAGAAAAAUGUGAUUUCAGGUGUGCAGAGCCACAAGUUUAUUUCUCCACUCUGAAGACUGAUGGGCGCUCACUCUGCGUUUACCUCUUCCUGGAUCUCCUGGACUGGGUGACAUGCAGAAAUGUAAACACGACGGGAACGCACGAUUGUGAUGCUUGGACCUGGAUGUUUGACCGCAGGUGUCAUAACUCAGAGCGGGUUUGUGGAUUUUUGUGGACAAUUGUUUUAAUGAUUUAAACGUCCCCUCUGUGAGCGCUCAAGUCAAAUAAUUACAUCUUUCUUUUUUAUGAGCUAAUAACAGCCGCUGUUGUGAUUCUUUUAGACCCUGCUUGUUAUUUCACUCCGCUCCUAAUUUCUCCCAGCUCUCACCAUAGUGACAACUGUUUAGCGUGGCGCGUAAAAAGCAGCUUUCAUCAUAGAAAAAGGGAGAGUGUGGACAAAUAAAUACAGCCUGAGUGUUUACACGAUUAACAAUCAUAUCACUCCAUUUAACUUUUUUUUUUAACCCUUUUUAGCAGCUUCCAAAGAGAGCAAACCUUUAGAAAGAGGCCUUGUGACAACUCUGCCUCCCCCCUCUCUCCAUCCUGCCUUCCCCGAUCUCUCUCUCCCAGGGGUGUGCACGGGUUGAAGGGUCACUCUCUGUGUUUAACUGCCCUGGUCUGGAAACCUGGCAGUGACUGCUGUCUUUGUCUGGCUCUCAGCACAGCUCCAGCUCUUUCUCUUUUCUCUCCUGCUGCAGCUUCAGGCUCUGCUACUGUAUAGGGUUGGCUCUCGCUCAGGGACAUGCUCUGAAUAUCACAUUGCUCCGAAUAUACCUUCUCCGAGCAAAAUCUUAUACAAAUAGCCCCCCAUGCCGCCCCGCUUCCCUUGAAACCUCUUUGAAACGGCAACCUGCGGACAGCGCUCUCCAUCCCCUGACAAAGACAGCCUCUCCUGCAGAAAGAUCGAUUCAGUUGGGCUCUAACUUGUCAGUAAUAUGAACUCCCUCCUUCUCUGUUAUUCUCAAAGUUAACUAAUGUUAAACACAGAUCGCAGAGUCUGACAGUAAUGUUCACUGAGGCAGUGUUUAUGGGUCAGAGGUGUGCGAAUGAUCAGGCUUGUGGCAGCCAGCUGUGGCUUUGGACCUAGCCCAGAACCUGAACUAUUACUCCUGCCUGUCAAGUCUCUUAAGUGGGCAGCAAUGAAACAGUAUCUGCUUUCAAACAGUGGUUUGACCCACAUCCAAAAUCUGACCCCCAGUCUGGUCUAAAACUAUCCCUACAAUGCAUAAAAGAAGGUCUGACAUGGCUUUAUGCAGGUAGUUUGAUAUUUCUAUGUGGAACCUAGAGGAGCAAGGUGAUGCUCAACAGCAGAGUGACAGGUUGUAAUGUUUAGUACAUGCACGCCAUUUUCUGCCGUAUUAACUUAUACACAUGCUGCUGUUUAAGAGAUACUUGACAUUUGAUGAGGAGUGGGUUUUGUAAAUCCUGCAGCUCGUUUCUUUGCAUUUGCUCUAGAUGGAAGAGGGAUCAUCUGGAGUCCUCAUCAGUGUCUCCCUGUUGCCUCUCAGAUUUAUUGGACUGACCGCCUACAGGAAGUAAAGCCAAUUGUUGCUGUGAUUUAUUCUCUGCUGCAAAUGCUGGAGCUCUCCUCUCCUUCCCUGCGGUGCUGGCAGCUUGGAAAGUAUGGAUAAACUAUGGAUUUGUUUUAAGGUCUCGGUUUAAUAUCUGCUUGAGGGGCUUAGUCUGAAACAGCAGUGCCAAAGGUAGGCUUUAGCACAGCUGGUGUUGUUGCAGGCACGGCCUGGCCAGCGUAAGGUGAGACUGUCAUUAGGAGCAUAAUGAUAUAACUGAGCUAAUGAGGCUGCCUCUUCUUAUUAGAGUGAUGAGCUCUGCGCUGUAGAUCUCCUUAACUGAUGUGGUCACGGAUGUUUUAUUCCACUUCGCAUUUAUAAUCUUGUUGUACCUGCGAGACGCUGGAUUCAACCGCAACCUGCAUCUGUGAGCUCACUUAGAGGCCUCACUGGACCGCCGGGUGGGAGUUCAAAGAUUCAUGAGUUUUUGGGGGUGAGUGCUUUGUAAUUUGGUGAUGUAUUUCUCCGAGUCGGUUUAUUACAAACCAGGCAUGAUGAGAGUUUGUCCAAAAUGGUCCAUAUGCUUAAAUAUCAUGGGUUAGCUGUUUAAGUUAGAGCUCCUCAAGAUCAGGCACCUCCUCCUUUAAGAUUUUGUGUUUUUAUCCAAGUUUUGUUUGUUCGUUAAUGAUCAGUUACCCUGCGGGGAACAAAUCAUCUUCGAGGACGUCGUAAACAGUUACGACCUGCAGCACAAAGACUUUUAAAGCUGGAUGGAGAAAAAGCUGUUUUAUGUUUCAUCAAAGUGAUUUUGACAGCAUUCAAAAUCAGUUUUCCUCAAAUAACUGUAUAGGUUGCAGAUGUAACACAAGGGCCACACAGUGAGUAGGGGGUUGGGGGGGCUAGAACAGUGUUGGUCCUGCUGGGCCUCCAUCUACAUCACACACAUAUAUUUAAACAUCCAUCUGUGAAGUCAGAUCACUAUAAAGAUCAAACCAAAGAGCCAGAGGAGAGUUAUUAUACUAGAUUUUAACAGACAGUUAUGCAUUUUAUGGAUCUGAUAUUACAGUGUGUAUGGGUUUUAAUGUGCAUGGAAUAAUGGAUUUUAAUGGUUGUAAUUUUAACCAGCAUUUUACACUUGUAUUUUUAUUUCUUUUUCGAGACGGCAAACAUUUGACUCAGUGGAAUAUUUUUAUGUCUGUGUGCAGUAAAGUGUUCACUCAAGUUCAGCAAGUUUAUCUCUCUUUUGUUGGUAUUAUUGUGGUAUUUAGUCAAGUACAUGAAAGACAAAUAACAGUUAAACACCUGCUAUCAGCCUACCUGCUCUCCUAUGAUUGGUACCAGCAUCGGCCAUGUAAUCAGUCGAUCACCACUUACAUUAGGGGUGAGAAUCACUAGUGGCCACACGAUACGAUAUUAUCAUGAUACUUGGGCCACGUUACGAUAUUAUUGCGAUAUUUAACAUUUUGCAAUACAGUGAGUAUUGUGAUACAACACAUUAUGACCUUUAAAUUUUUUUCAACUGUUUAGUUAAUUUAGCAUUUGUCUAUCGUUUAUGUUUUUCUUAUUUACACAGUAUUUUAUUUUCAUGUAACACAUCUUGCUAACCUUAUGUAUCAGGUCCAUCUCAUUUGUGCCCUGUUUGCGUUCCUAAUGUCCUUCCCCAGGGGCUGCCACUAACUUUCUCCUGCUCUAUGAUGUCACCUCUGCCAACCUCAGUGGACUAACGAUUGUUUUUAUUUUUACAUUAUCAAAGAUUUGACUUUGUUUGAACAAUUAAUUUGAAAAACUUUACUUGGUCAAUAAGACGAUAUGAUAAAUCAACAGACAAAAUAUCGUGAUACUAUGCUGUAUCGCUUUUUUCUCCCACCCCUAACUUUAAUGUCAUCAAAUUUCAUUAUUUAUCUGAACUGAAUUAGAUGUUCAACUUUCCAUUUUGCUGAAGAAUUUCUUUUCUUUUUAAAUUUUGUCGUGUUCAGUCAGUGUAGAACCAGCAUUUACUCAAACUGUAAAGGUUUCAUUAUUCCUUCAUUAAACAGGUUUUUUAUUCAUGAGUAGUUGAGAAAUGCACAUGAGUGUGUUCAUGCUUGGGUUUUGUUUCAUACAUCUUUUGUAUCAUAUUUCAUUACACAGGGCAAUGACUCUAUCUUCUCUGAAUGAUCAUUUGUUGUGUUUUUGUGGUGUAGCAGGUAAAAGUUCAGUCCUGAGUUUGUGCUUGUGAGCGUCUGUAGGUCAUUCUUUGAGCUGAAAUACUUUCUAAGAAGCGGUUUUGUGGAGAGGCUGUGUUUUUGUACGGAGCAACAUCCCACAGGGGUGUGUGUGUGUAAUGUGUGUGUGAGUGUGUGUUUGCAGAGCAGGACUGUUUUCUCCUGUUUUAACAGCAGAACCAGGCUGCUGCUCACAGUGACUCCACUGUGCUGAAAGAGUUGCUCUCAAAGCUACUGUGUGCUCACCGGGAGUUAUUUCCACUCACUCACUCACUGCAUCGAAAGCAGGGUGGGGAAAAAAACAUGUCUUCAGAUGCCUGCUCACAACUCCAUGCACGCCCAAUCACGUGUGAGUGCAAAGAACCAUUCAGACAGGCACACACUCAUACAGGGAGUCUUGGUCCUGAACAAUGAUAUGCAACUGCCCAGGAUGUGUAUGUCACUUCCCGUGUUUGUGAGAAGUUAUUUGGUGUUGCUGUGGAAACCAAAUGUAAUAUUGAAAAAUCUCCUCUCUCCAUGCCCCCCUUCCCUCUCUCUCUCUCUUUCUCUCACUCUGUAGAGAAAAGCCAGUCCAUAGGGGAGAGCCAGGCCUCAUCUCCAACUCUAGCUGCUGCUGCCAGACUGUCAGCGAUGAUACGCGGCAAAGAUCGAGUAUUUGCCAACACCAUGCUGGUUGAUCAGGUGAGACGGACUGGAAGUAUUCGAUGUAGAACGAUGAAGUAGUUGGGAGACUCGCCUUGAAUGAUGUCAAAUGUUCCUUUAACCUGUUUGUUUCUGACCUCUCUCCUUUAGGUGGGCGACGCUGACAUCAAGUACCGCUCUCCAGUCAAGGAGGAGGUCAGUCCCGUGUCCCAGAUUGGCAGCCCAUGCUGGGACUCCUUCCCCACGACUCCCACUGACUCAGGGAACUGCUCCCAGAACCGGUACCCAUUCUCUGCCCACAACGGGGUGAGAGGGAUCCAUGGUCCUGGCCUGGAGAAUCACAUGGAGCCGUCCCCUCACGUCUCUCCCUCCUCUCCCUUUGCUUCCUCCCCGUCCUUUCCUUCCUCCCCGCUGGCUUCCCCCUUUCGUUUGUUGGAGGGAGCACUGAGGCGUCAGACUCAGCCCUGUCUGCCAGUUUCUCCCGCUUUGAAUCACAGAGGAUGCAGCUUAACGGAGGCGAGCCGGGGUUUAAGGUAGGAGCUGUAUUAAUAUCAUGAAAGUUUUUUUGAAUUUCAGAGUUUUAAAUAUGACUUACUGAAUAUCUGUCAAGUUUUCCUCUAUUAAACAGAGACAAACACCCUUAGCAUUGAAGCAAACUUACAUUUUUUGACAAAUCAAAACCAUCAUGUCAUCUUGUUGACAAACUCCUCAUAAUCCGUGUGACUGAUACUCUACAAUAAGUCAGUCACAUGUCAGCAAGUUGAAGUUUUACUCGAGGCACUUCUUGGAUUUUGUGCUGGGUGCGUAGUCUUUGAAGGUUCAGAAAGCAACAGGAAGCCUGGAAACAACUGAGCUGAUUGUUUGUUGAAAGCGUUGAAGAUUCCCUCCAGUGCUGCUCGAGGUUCUCUCUGAGGACUGAAACCAGCGAAAUCCAUCACUGUAUGAAACCGGAUUAUGGACCGGACUCAUUCAGGACGGUUGUCUUCAGAGAUUAAGAGCAAAUGUUCCUCUCUGUGCUUUAACUUUUCUAGCAGGCUUACAUGACGUUGCAGGGCUUCUUUAUCUCGGCUUGGAGACUGUGUUGGAUACCAUUCGAUCAUUAAAUAUUAAUUGAUAGACUUGAAAGAUGGGCUGAUCUCUCAGAAACAGCUCUAAUCAUACUUGUGUGAUAAAGAAUUCCUUGUAAGAGUCUGUGAUUCAGUUUCUUCAACUCACGAUUGAACAUGGCGUUCCUCAGGGAAGUGUUUUAGUCCCCAACUCUCUUUUCUUAUACAUGUUCCCUGUAGUUAUAAUGAUUAAUCCUUAUCAUGUCAAUUACCAUUGCUAAACUGAUGAAACCCAUCUUUAUAAAGUGCUCUGAGUUUGCUCUGUAUUGCCCCAGUUAUCAUAGUCUUUAAAUGAGUAUGAUCUUAUGAUAAACAAACGAGCAGAAAAGUCCAAUUUUAUCUGCUAAUCCUCUAAAAAUACAACAGCUGAGAUUUGAGGUGAUUUUAGACUCUGAGCUUGAUUCCAUUAACCGUUUAACCAAAUCUGCAAAAACAUCAUUUUCUCAUCUUGGGUGUAUUCAAAAGUCAGACGGUUUCAACACAGACAGACGACAAUAUAUUAUAAUAAAUGCUUUUAUUACAAGCCGCUCAGGUUAUUGCAAUUCUCUCCUUACAGAGCUUCUCAAAGUCUUAAAGGAAAUUACAGUUAAUUCAGCGUCUGCAGCCAGGAUUUUAACAAACUCCAAGAGAAGAGAUCACACUACCUCUCUGCUCACAUCACAUCAUCGCCUACUUCUUUCUUUUAGAGCUGAUUUAAAGUUCUUUUACACGUCAACAAGGUUUUACAUGAGUUCACACCUUCUUAUACCACAAACAGGAUAUCAUUUUAUGCCCCCAACUCUUAAAUCCUGCACUGCUGUUAUUCAGAGAUCUUGUUCCAAGAGGCAGAUUUAGAUUUUAAGGUCUUAAACUGAGGGAAGGCUCCGGUUGGAUCUUGGAUCACUAGCCUCACCUGGACAUGCCUGUUUGAAUUGUCUUUUAACUCUGUGAACUUUACUUUAUGAGAAAUUUUAUCCUCAUGUCUUUCUAUGUUGGUUGUUUUGUUUGAUGGAGAUCCUGCUGUAUUUUUGUUUGUUUGUUUGUCUCAGAUUUCUCAUAUCAGAGUUUUUGUUUGUUGAUUAUUGUUACCCUGUCUUUCUGUCAUGUUAAGAUUGUUGGCUGCAGUUUUAUCAUUAAUUCAGUUUUUAACUGUGGCUGUGUGCCUUCCUGUCAACAGUCCCAGCCUGGAGUGUGACAGCGGAGAAGAGGACAUAUUAGGACAUUCCUUCCCCUGCUCCACACUGAAGCAGCAGCCAGUCCUGCAGUCCAGCUCAGGAGAGGAGAGGGACUCUUUUGAUACCUCCCCUGACCUAAACCGCACCCUCUCAGACAGCACUAACAAAUCCACCAAGGUACACAUUCCCCAAACACAUUUUAUAACAUAUCUUGAAAUGCUGUUUCCUCCAUGCAUCUGGGAUCUGAUGAGUCCUGAGACAGCAUUCCUGCAAAAGUUCUCCCAAUAGUUCAUUUCCUUCUUGAGCUCAUGAUCUUUAAAAGUUUUGUUCUCCUCUUCCUUUGUUUGCUUGUGAAAUUUCAACUUACAGGCAGUUUGUUUGUGUCUGUUUUCACUUUUCAAAAAGAGAUUUUUUUUGCUUUAUUUGGAGUGAAAUAAUACCACUAGACAUUCAAAGUAAAAGCACAAGAGCAGACACAGCCUGUCUCAUAGACAAACAUCACUUUAUGGGUCCAGACUGUCAGCAGCUAAUACAUCUAGGUUGGAUUUGGUGGAUUUGACCGCUCUGUGUGAUUCUUCAGCUCUCUCAGUUCUUCAUUUUGAAUAUCCCCUUAAUGCUUUUUUCUGGUCUGUUCCUCCUGGUUCUGUUUCUUCACUCAGAACACAGAGGACACCGAGGUUCGUCUGCGCUCCUACUCCUACUCCUCCCCCAAGGCAAAGCCGUCACGGCCACUGCUAAACCGAGACGCAACCAUCACUGAUCUGGCAGAAGGUGGGUGAACUUUGACCCCUUUGCCCUGUGACCUUUCUGUUCUAGGAGCCAGCUGAAUGGACACAUGUCUAACAGAGGGGAGGACCAGACAGGUGUCAUAUACCAGCUUAACCUCUAUAAAGUAUAUGUAUGCUGACGGUCGGCUUUAACCGUAUGAGCGCAUGAGAGUGCACAGCAUUAAGGCCAUGUUCUGUCCUGUGUAGAUGGUGCGUUCAGCAGCAGCGGCCGUUCUCUACUUCAAGCGUUAUCUCUCUCUAAAUCCCUCUCUCGUCUCAACCAAGUUAGUAAGUACAAGAACAGAGUCACACAGCGAAUGAAAAGCUGCUGGCUGGCUGGGGAAUGAAUUCAAGUUUGCCUUCUUGCUCCCUCAUGGGAUAGAGUGGUGAUAAUCAAGCUCUGCAUAAUUGAAAGGCAUGCCUGCUACAUUCAAACUGCUUGGAUUUAAGAGUAUGGGUACAAUUAUAUAAGGAGGAAAAGUGGGUUGAGAAGCCUCGGGGAGGAGAAGAAAACCAAACCAUUUUGCUGCUUCUUUGGCCUUUCAAUGAUUUUCCCAGAUAAAUAAUUUUCCAGUACAAUAGUGUGUCUCAUUGUGGCCCAGAUUGAGCAGCCUAAUAUCUGUGUUUUGUUUUUGGUGGUGAGUGCAGCGCUCAUAAUAUGCAGGGCAUAAACCACUGUCUCAUAGGAGGAGAUAAUGAUUAUUAUUUUGAAUCUCUGGGAGAUCAGGAGCAGACUUUCUCCAAAGCUUGAUGUCAUCACUUUUGUUUUCUUUUCACUUACAAAACAACAGUCACCCAAACUCAACUCCACACAGAUUUAUGUGUAAUGACUGACAAGGAGAGGGCUGCAUCCUUCAGACUGUGGAUUUUAAUAUCUGGAGGCUUUGGAAAAGUGCUCUCUACUUAAGUCUUGUCAAAGAUCUGAAGGAGGAGUGGUUUCUCCCCUAAGGGUUCUGUUUUGCUUCCAUUUGAGUGCAUACUUUGUUUCCCUCUCGGUCUUGGUUUUGAUUUUCCAUCUUUGGUGUCUUCUGGGUUUUUCAAAGCAAAGUUCUCAGGCUGUGUUUGUUCUUUCUCUGUAGGGGUUUUCUGGAUCUCACAUGUUUCAGGGUUCUUUAAUUUAUUUCUAACUCAAUUUUGAUUGUGGAUGGAGGUUUUUUAGAGUCUUUCAGCUGUUUCACUGAGAUUCUGUUAUGUCUCCAAUUUUGUUGAUCUGUAACUCUGAUUUGUAUUUUUUUUUUCCUGUCGUUGUUGCUUUACCUUACAGAGCAGAGAGCGUUCAGCCUGACUGAGACUGCUAAAGAAAAGAGGUAAAACUAGUGUGCAAAACCACGAGCUCAAGAGCUGUACCUUCAUCUGUUCUCAGUAUCUGCUCCUUUUUUUAGCUGUCAGUGUUGACCUGUGGUCACAGAAUGACUCUGAGGCUGUGUGUGCAUCUGUGCAUUUCCUUGUGAAUCCUUAGUAUCAAAUCUGUGGUCAGUGUGCAGGAUGUGACAUACUUCCUGUUGCAAGACUGAGGGUCAGAAUACGCUCUGAUUGCAACCUCAAAAUAAACCCUGAGUAAACAGUAAACCUCCGGGCUUUCCUGGACUCCAGACCUCAAAAACAUUUUGUUAAAUCGUCGACCACAUCAGUUAAACUGAGUUUGCCAUACGUACACAUUAUUUCACCAGGUAGACUUCAUCAACAUCUGCUUAACUUUAACUUUUUCUUCAUUUCAUCAAUCUCACAGCCUAUUUUCAGUUUAGAGUCCAUCUGACCGCUACGUUUUUACUGCGCUAACAUACAUUCUGUAUCAGUGACCAUGCAUUGCUAGCUAACAGCAGAAAUUUAAAGGCACUAAGAUCAUCAUUUAUUUAUGACGGAAUAUUAGGGUCACAUUAAGAAAAAAAAUUAAGACUUUGAGAUUAAAGUAAUUACUCACGAGAAUAAAGUCGUGAUAAAAUAUUUACUUAUGAGAAUAAAGUCGUAAUAAAGUCCUUAUAUUCUAACCUGUUGUUUGAGAUGACAGUUGCUGAAAUGGGAGCCUUGGAGCGUUUUGUGAAAAUGUAGGCUACUUCAAUGUAGGUUUCACCAACUAGGAAAUCCUUAAUUGCAACUUUUCCCCAGAAAAAAACAGGCGGACUUGGAGGUAAUCACUCAAUGUGAAGGGGAAAAUGGCUGGAAAUGGCAGUGCAGAGGCUAAAUCCGUCAAUGCAGCUGUUUAUAGCAAUAGCAUAGGGCUUUAGCUCAUCGUAUGAAUCUAUAUGCCAUAAGGUGUUGGUGCCUCUGCAGGUGUAGGUUGCUGCUGGCGUCAGAGACAGACGCGGUGCUCAUUGGAGCUAGACUUCCUCUGGAUUGCAAAUGUUGAUCAUCGGUUGGAUUGUUUCUUGAAAAACCACAAACUCUCUGAAUGACCCACUGAUGCACCCACUGACAACUGUACAGUUGACCAGUUCCAUCUCCUCCUCCACAAAAGCAACUUUAGGACUUAAUUUACUUCAUGACUUUAUUCUCGCGAAUAAAUAUUUUAUCAUGACUUUAUUCAUGUGAGUAAUUACUUUAAUCUCAAAGUCUUAAUUUUUUUCUCUUAAUGUGACCGUAAUACUCUGUGAUAUUUAUUGUAUUCAAAUAGAAGAUCAUUCUUUACACCAGUCUAAUCUGACACGUCAACCUUAUUUAUUCCUCAUAAUCUCACUGUCAACGGUGUCGCCUCUGCCCUCUGCAUUGGCAAAACUAGAACUGAUCCUCGCUCAAAUAUUCAUCUAACUUUCAACAUGUAAAACCUGCAGUCAUGUUCCUCUCCCACACACACUGUACUAAGCCAAGAAAUCAUGUGUGGACUUGAAAUCUUGAGCGCCACACCUAUUGCCAAAACACAGCUGAGGUGUGUUAUAUCCAUGCAGGGUUUUGGGUUUCCGUAAGCGGGCCCAGUCAGCAGAGGAGGAGAGCAGCGCUUCACUCCAACAUCUCACCCUCUCAGAGUUCCUCAAAGAGUAUGUUUUCACCCAUGUGCCCUCGCAGCCAUGCAUGUGUGGCUUAACUCAUUCUAACCCCAUCGUAAAUCCCUUCCCAGACUCAUCCAUUAACCACAUGGACUCUUUGCAGCUGUAUUUGUCAUACCUGAGUCCUUAGGAGUAGAUCAUUUUAACGUCCUCCUGUCAGGUCACAGCCGAGGUUUGCAUGUUUGUCUUUGUCAUGUUUUUGUCCUCGUUCCCUCUCAGAUUCUGUGUCUAGCAUAAGUAGCUGUAGAUUUUUUGACAUGUUAUUAAUUGCAUCCUGUCAAGGUCAUACUAUAAAUAGCAUCCAAGCAUGCCAAGCAUGUUGUUCAGAGUAAUCAUCUGUAGACCAGGGGGUCCUGGAAGACUGUCUGGACAUUCUUUCACUCCAGCAUGACACUAGUGUUUUGGAUUAUUCGGCUCUGCUGUAUGAAUACAAUGAAGUCCUGAAAAACCUGAUCGUUUCAUAGAGAGUCUGCAUGUUGGAUUUGAAUGCUUCAGUCUUCCUCAGACCGAAAUGACAAGAGAAACUUGGAUGAUGUUUACUGAUAUGUUCACACUGAAACAGGAUCGAGGAUGAGGAGUGGGAUAAAUACAUAAUCCCGUCAAAGGUUGAGUCAGAGAAAUACAAAGUGAGCCGGACCUUCAGCUUCCUCAAAAGCAGGAUGUCCAGCACUCGCAACAAAACCAAGGUGAGUCAACGCAAACAUGUGUAUCCUGGUUAAACAUCAUUGUUAUGAUAACUCAUGGGUAUAAUGUCACCUCUCGGAGCUUAUAUUUAAAAAUAAGGGCUAAAGGCCUCCCAAAGUCGCACAUUUAAAGGUUUACCACCUCUCAGACAGUCCAGGUCAGAAUUCCUCUGCCGGGGAACCUUUGUCUGUGUGCACUGCCUUUAUUUGGCCGGAGAGAAAAUUCCCUCUCCUGUGGUCUUAGCAACGCAACCUGGUGAAAAUAUCCCCUUACAUAAUAUGUAGACCCCCUUCCACACAGCACGAGGAUCCAAAACACAUUCCAUAGUAUAUCCUCAAACUUAUAAACGCUUGUGCAUGUGCUAGAGGACACGUUUCCAUGUAUGCCCAGACACGAGAUGCACAUGAACUGUCAAAAAACAAACAUGCACUCUUAGACUUCCAUGUAAAGUUUGAUAAGAAAAUAAACACUGACCUAUUAAACACACAUACACACACACAGACAUAGGAAUCCCCCCAAUGCCCCCCUGAGGAUAAAGCACCACAACAGCAGCCAGUCCCCAUGGACCUUGGCAAAGUAAACAGACAGGCUUGCUCAGAGGCCCCUUUAUCUCAACUAACUCUACUUUAACAGGUGUGUUUUCGCUCCAAGAUGAGAGCUCUGUGCCUCUAUCUGUCACGUUAUUUCUACUUUACCGGCUUAUGUGAUACUGUGGCAUACACUGCGCUAAAAGUCCACCAGGUGAGUACAUUUAAAACUCAUGACUUGUGUUCCAGGUGAAGGGAAAAGAGGUGAAAGAGGGAAAGGAGAAGACAACAGCCGCUAAUGGACACCAGUUUGCGCCUGUGUCUCCAUCUGGUGCCACUCUCUGUGUGGCCUGUGAGAAGUCUGUUUCUGGGAAGGAGCUGUUGCAGUGCUCCAGUAAGUACUAUACUGCCAGUGCCGUUGUUAUUUUAUGUGUGAGGUGGCUCAACUGUUUAGGGUUUGUGUAAAUCUCAUUGCACGUGCUGCCUUGAUGUUUUGUUUAGCGGUGGACGUACAGUUGCUUUUCUUCCUCCUACAAAGCCAGCAGGAACCGUGAGCAGCAGGCCAGUUUGACAGCCAUCUGGACAUUGAAUCCAGGGAUACUGUAAUUGUGUUUAUUAUCAGCUAACUGAUGAAAUUAACCAAGAAUUCAUGCGUCUUUGUCUGCAGACUGUUUCCUGAACGUGCAUAAGAACUGUCGAGAGUCUGCUGCAGCCUGUGGGAAGGUAAAAAAAAUAAAACACACCAUGCACCUUAUUUGAUCAUUUUGACAAAAGCAGGAAUAAUGAAUGAUUUCAAUAAAAGUUUUAAAGCAGGAAUUCAUUUUAAAUGACUUACAAACAUUCAAAACCAGCUGUUUGUGACCAAAACCUGGUAUCUGGGACUACUUUGUGUUUGAUGUGUUUCUCAUUAUGUCAUGGAUUACAACCAGAUGCUCACAUUGUGUCGUGAUUUUAAGAUAUUUACAAGAGUGUCGACUGUUUAAGGUUGCCUGAUUUCAUAAGCCAAACAACCCAGAAAGUAACUCUCACUAUAUUUUACACAUGUAAGGGUUUACUGGUUGUAGGUAAAACAACUCAAUCAAUAAUUAUGGAUAUGGGAUCAUGGGUUUUCAGACUUUUAACAGACUUUAGGGGUAAAAAUAUCCUUUAGAUUAUGAAAAAACGCAGUUACCAGCAUUGCUUCAGCUGGAUUUUCCAGAGACUUGACGUCAUUGUUUUUCUGUUUCAUAAAAAUAUGAGAUCUCAGCAAUCCUUUGACCCUUCCAAAGUGCAAUACUCCUUUGGUUGAUGACCCCUAACUACAUAAAAUCCCCUGAGUUCAGUUUAAGUACAAUAAUUUGAGUUUAAGGUACCUUGUCAAGCUUCCCCUACUCUUAUAGUUUUUGCUUUGCAGUUUCUUUAAAUAUUUUUAAUGCUACAAUGCAAAUAUUGCUCUGGAGAAACCCCCUAGCUGUUUAAAUGGAAAUUAUAAAAAUAAGAACAACUAAUAACUAAGCAUCGGACCAGCUCAUCUGAAGGUAAGAAAACAGUAAAACUAAAAACAGUCAGAACAGUGUAGUGAGAGAGGUUAAACGCAGGACCACAGAGUCUGGAGGUUAAUUUUGACAAAUUGGAUUGUCAGGUGUGGCUAAUAGUAGCAGAGCUAGCACCAACAGCCUGUGGUUCCCCUAACAGGUUCAGGUCCAUAUGCCUGUGCUGGUUACACAUUGGUUAUGCCGAGUGGUUAUUUUCCAGUUCAAUCUGACACAGCCUAUUUACAACUUUAUCUCCAUUUUCUAGAUUAAAAUAUUGUUGAACUGAUGCCCUCUGUCAUCUGUGUUUUUAUGUAAUAAUCAGUUCAAUCGACUACAACCUUUGGUGACGACCAAUGCACGUCUUAAACACUUGUGUUUGUUUGCUUGCAGUCUUUUUAAGCACUAUUUUUCACAAUUUGAGGUUUCUUACUUCCAUGUCUGAGCUUACGCCAUGCCUCCUCAGGAGAGGCUUUAUACCUAUGGAGUGGGGUUACAAAAUCUGUAAAGAUAAUACUGCUUUUCUGUAAGUAUACAAAUUAAGGGCCUGUGUCCACCAGUGGUGUUUUUUGUGCUAACAGGGUGUUUUCCAUUCAAAACCUAUGCAGGUCAGUGUUUUUUGUUUUUAGUGCCUGAUGUUUUAACAAAAGCUGCUUUAUGUCUUAUUGGUCACAACAAUCUCAGCUGAAAUAGUUUAGCUAAACUCAGUAGCAUCAUAUCUUCAUCACAGAUCAAUCAUAAUCAAGAAGGGGCCGGACUUCAUCAUGGGAUAGGUUAUUACAUAAGAGAAACUGACUACGCUUGUUCUUUCACUCAGUGUAGGGUGGCUGCUUACGAUACAACGUAAUUUAUAUCAAUUAUUGCUACAUUUAAAAAAAAAUUCCAGUCAAAUUCAAAAUCAAAGCAACAAUAAAAACGACUUAAAUUUGAGUGUGUAAAAUCAAACUGAACAGUCACGACCAUGAAAGCCAAAAUACUGCAGGACAACUUUUAAAAACUUACAACAAUAAGCAUCUUUUUGAAACUUAGCCCUUUAAUGCUCGAAACCACAAAUUAUGGCCAAAAAAUUCAGUUGUUUUUGAGCUGAAAUGUUUAUAACUCCCCUGAUACUGAAAACAAAAAACAAAAAUCAAAAGUCCUUAAAAUUUUACAAAUAUAUUUAUUUGUCUCAUUUCAUACAUAAGAUGUUCUUGGAAACUGAGAAACCAGAAGAGGACAAUUUUAUCAUUCAUCAGACUGUAUUCAGGUGUUUUUGAGCAAUUUGUUGAUCGUAUAUAUUUGAUGGAAGUAUCAUAAAAGUAUGUAUUAAAUAUGAUAAAAAAGGCAUUAAAGGGUUAGACUGAGGACUGUGUUAGUGGAAAAAUGCCAUCAGUGGACACAGGCCCUAAAUACUCAUUUUUUAGACUGAAACAAGUGAGUAAUUGCAGCAGCAACACGCAAAAACAGUUCCUAAAAUAGAAGAAGGCUGAUGGGGACACGGUAAACAAGAGGAGUGAAUUCCAACACUUGUUUAUACCAGAACUUAUGGAGUAUGGUCAACAUCACAAGUUUGUAUAACAAGAGUAUCAGAGUUCCUCAGGGUUUCUUCAGUGUUUUUGCCUUGGCCUAAACUGACUCAUGUAUUGACCAAGGGUUGUUUUCCAAGCUGAAUAAUCUGAUUUCUGAAACAAGAACAGGAUGAUUUACAGCUGCUGAUUUUGAUAUUAUUAUGUCUGUUCUCAGAAACCACAGGAGAGGAAUGCAGUGCUGAUGAAAAGCAAGACUUUGUCCCUCCCACAGAGUGAGUCAGAAAUUACUACAGGUCCCCCCUCCUGUUUUGUCCUCCUCUCUGUCUUGGGUUGAUUAACUUUCACCUGUCCUCCCUCAUUCUCCUGUGCUAGAUCCAGAAAGAUGUUGCUUCCUACCUCCUUUUCCUCUACCGUGUUUUUCUUUCCCUGGUAGAGAAAAGUUAAAUUUUAAUCCCUCUCAGUGGGGGAUCUGGCCUGGAUUGUGUUUAUAACUGUGGUUGUGCAUGAGUGCAAAUCCUGAGUGUUCCUUCUGCAGUUUUUUCUUUCCAUUUCUCUCCCUAAUAUGAAACUCUGAGUCUUAGCUGACUGUUUGAUGUCUAAGGAUGGUGUCAAAGUCAAACACAAUCAGCUUCAAUUACUGCAACAUACUGUCACAACUGCAGGCCACACGCCCAGUUCAACACAGAAAAAUAACAAACCAGACCUCCUCACAGCUUUAUAAUCCCGUUACUGUUAUGUUCGGGGGACUACACAGACACAUAAACACAGCUUUUCAACACAAAACAGACAUGUGAAGUAUUUGUUUGUAGAAUGGGAAAGACGCCAAGAAGUGACCUAAUCCUUUUCCUGCUCUUUGUCCUGGUUUCUCCUUCAGACUCUCAGAAGGACAACUCUUCAACCUUCAUUUUCUCCUCCUCUUCUUCACUACCCACAAUGACCAAAGAGAAGAAAGAAACCACGGCCCCCUUCUCCAAAAGCCUCUCCAUCUCUAUAGACAGCAGGUAGCCUGUUUCACCACUAAUUUUCCAACCAGAAAGAUUAUCAAACUUUAAAGUUCAGCACAUAAAGACAAAAACAUUUCACUUCUGUUGUUUCUCUGCAGACGUCUGAGUGAUGCAGCAGUGGUGGACGGUGAGUGCAGCGUGACAACGUGUACUAACAGCUCAAUGUCGGAUGAGGGAACCCCGGUCGCAGCAACACCGCCCUCAGUCGAGCCACCAAUCACCUCACAGGGUGAGACAGGAAAGCUGAAAUCAUGAGUUAUCACACCUAUUGCUGUGUAGGAGAACAGUUUGGACUGUGAUGAAGAAUAAAAUAUAUUCUUAUUUAUUAUUGAUGCUUAAGAUGCUGUUGAAGCUUCACUACUCAGCGACCUGUCAGCCGACCUGCUUGGACUUGAAGUGGAGUCGUGGAGUCAGGCGGUCAGUCCGGAGUUUUGCAGACAACACGACAGGCGAACCAUCAAACGGCAGGACGUCAUUUAUGGUGGGUGGAUUCUUUUAAAUGCAUUAUUGUAUUUGUGUAAAAUGUCUCAUUUAUACACUGUAUGGUCAUGUCUUAUUGGCUGAGUCAAACCUCGGAGGAUGGAGAGAUGGAAUCAGGUUUCUUAACUAGCAGGAAUGAAACCAAUUAACCCUCUGAAUGCCUGCUAACAGUCUGACUUAUUGAACCCCAUAAAACUUCAAAUGUCACUAAAGUUUCCUUUUUUAGCGGCUCAAUAGAAACUGUUGCCGUUAUGUGGCUGAUUAUAACCCCUGUGCUUCCACUGGAUCCAGUCAAACGUGACUGUUUUCAGCAACCUCAUUACCAGCUGAGGUUUUUAUCACACGAUGAGGUUAUUCCAGCUCCUGAAGGAUGUUGUAUUCGCCAAACUCAGCGUGUGAUCUUCACCUGUUAACAACCCUCCCACAGAGCUGAUGCAGACAGAGCUGCACCACAUCCAAACCCUGACAGUGAUGUCCGAGGUCUUCAGGAGAGGCAUGCUGGAGGAGCUGCAGCUGGACCUGGACUGCGUGGCUCGGAUCUUCCCCUGCUUGGAUCCCCUGCUGCUCUUCCACAGAAACCUCUUUGGUGCGCUGCAGGAGCGCCGACAGGCUACAACCCAAGCUGAGAACCCCCGAAAUUACCUCAUCCAUCAGAUUGGAGAUGCGCUCCUUCAGCAGGUUAGUGAGGACGGAUUGGAGCAAAUAAACACACACACACACAGAGGUUCAUGUCUGUGACUUAUUUCUGAUGGCCUCUGUCUCAGUUCUCUGAUGAAAAUGCCGAGAAGAUGAAGCAGGUGUACGGAGAGUUCUGCAGCCAUCACACCGAGGCCGUCAACGUUUUCAAAGAGCUGCAGCAACAAAACAAGAAGCUCCAAAACUUUGUCAAAGUAGGCUCAUGGAUCCAGACUUCGUUUGCUUUUGAACGAUUAAAUAAGAGAUAAAAAAUGCUGUGAUUCUCACAUUUUGUGUUAUUAUUUCACCGCCCACAGCAACAGAGCAAUAACUCUCUGGUGAGACGGAGGGAGGUGCCAGAAUUCAUCCUGCUGGUCACGCAGCGCAUCACCAAGUACCCGGUGCUGGUGGAGAGGAUAUUACAGUACACAGAGGGUAUGGCUGCUCCACACCAUCACUAAACUGAGAAACAUAUAAAGAUUUAAAGUGCUGUCUGACUUAGAAACAAACAAAAGCAUUUCAUCAGGACUUUUCUGUUACCUUUUUCCCCACAGAGGGAAGUCAGGAACACUCUGACCUGUCCAGUGCCCUGGUACGGAUCCGAGACAUAAUCGCUGCCGUGGACCUGACUGUAAAUAAGUAUGAGAGGUGUCAGGAGCUGCAGGAAGUGUUGGCGCGGCUGGAAAACAAGAGCUUUGCCAAGCUGAAGAACGGCAAGGUUUUUCGUAAACAGGACCUCCUUCGCAAACACAGGGAUCUGCAGCAUAAAGGACUCGUCUACUGGAAGACCGCCACAGGGCGUCUAAAAGGUGUGUACGAAACCAUCAGUCCGGCAAGAUGUUUUGAUUUGAACAAACAGGGAGUCUGAAAGUUUUUCUCUCUUCUGUCUCUUCUGUUUUCAGAUACUUUGGCUCUUCUGCUCACAGAUGUUCUGGUUUUCCUACAAGAGAAAGAUCAGCGCUUCGUUUUUGCGGCUGUGGUAAGAGAGAGAGUGGACCCGAGGAACUCCUUAAAACCAAAGAUGUCUCUGUCUGUCUGUCUGUUUUUAACUCGGCGUGCGUUUCGUGGGUUUACAGGACCAGAAGCCUCCUGUGAUCCCUCUGCAGAAGCUCAUCGUCAGAGAAGUAGCCAAUGAGGAGAGAGGGAUGUUUCUUAUCUCCGCCUCCUCAGUGGGACCAGAGAUGUAUGAAGUUCACACCACCAGCAAAGACGAGAGAAACGCGUGGAUGAAACAAAUACGACAGGCUGUGGAGAGGUGAGUUUUUGGGAUGAGUGUGUGUCUGUUAUUGUGUGUUAGUGUACCUGUGUGUGUGUCAUUCUCUAAUCCAGGGGUUCUCAAGUCCAGUCCUCGAGGCCCACUGUCCUGCAUGUUUUUGAUGUUUCCCUGCUCCAACACACCUGAUUCAAAUGAUCAGCUCGUUAUCAAGCUCUGUAAUGGCUUAAUAACGAGCUGAUCAUUUGAAUCAGGUGUGUUGGAGCAGGGAAACAUCCAAAACAUGCAGGACAGUGGGCCUUGAGGACUGGAUUUGAGAAUGACUGCUCUAAUCUACUCAUCAUCCACGCAGUUGUCCUGAAGAGGAAGAGGAGGAGGAAAGAUCUGCUGAAUCAGAGGAGGCCAGGCGAGCAGCAGAGGUGAGAGCCCAGAAGAUCACCAAGUUCCAAGGUGAGAAAACAUUUGUGCGCCCACAUGAAAGUAAAACCUGAUCCCUGAAGCACCGUUUUUAAACAACAGAAGGUCCUCAUCUUUGUGUUUCUGCAGAAACUCUGUUGGGUCAGGACCAGCGAAUCUGCAACAGCUUAGAGGAGAAGUUACAGCUGUAUGCUGAGCUGACGGAGUUAACCCUGCGAUCACCUGAAGCUGCACCACACCGCCAUCUGCUGGUACAACCGGAGACUGACAGUGAGAUGCCAAGGCAGGCGUCCUCCCUGAUCACAGCUGCACUCAGAGAAGGUAAACAUUCAUUCAUCUUUUCACGUCCUGCAUUAGAGAGGAUCAUAUUUUUACCUUUGUAAUUUAUUUACAUUGUAGUGAAGGAAUAUACGGUCAGAGUUGCGGACGAUGUAUCACUUGAUGUUUUCUUCUUCUGCAGCGGAGAACCUGAUCUCCAUUCUGCAAGCUCGUGACAGUUUAUCUGCACAAAGUCAGAACUCUCCUGUGCGAGGACCAGAGGGCUGCAGCUACAACAGCCAUGGCAGCAGCAUCCAGGAGUCUCCCUCUGAGCGUGAGUCAUUUACCAACACUGAAAUGCUGACGCUGCUGCAGACACGAUACUUAACCUCUACAGAUGCGAGAAAACUCACAAGGCUCUCACAAUAAGACAAUAUCCUUAUGGUAUUUAUAGGAAAAAACAACCCUCUGAGUCAGAUUCAUCCUCAACUGUAUUGUUCAUCUCUUCUUUAGCAAAAUACUCUUAACGUGAGAAUAGGAAGGUGGAGACACUGAGAGCAUCCGUGAGGCUCAACAUCUGCCACCAAUGUGCCAGAUAGUUCAAACUCGCUGUGGGAGAGAUUAUGUGUGAGACCACAGAGUGUCCACAAACACCCAAUCAUUUCAACAAAACCUUAAAAACUCACAAACAGUGAGGAAACUCUUACUCGUGGAGGGCGGAGUUUCUCACUUUCAUCUGUCAUCCUCUCAGAUGUGAUUUCUGCUGCGUUAGUAACCACACACUUAUUUGGAAGUCAGUUAUCAGUAACCCCUACAUUCCCGGUGAGAACCACAGCAGUGUCACUUACUCCUUUUUCUUUUCCUUGAUUCCUCAGCCGACUAUCUGAGCACGCUCAGUAUGAGCUCCACUUCUCUCGGGUCUGACAGCGAGUUGACGGGAAUGGACAGCGCGAUGUGGAGCUCUGCUGCCGAGCUGAGGAAAGGAGACACCAAGGGGACGCUGUUAAAGGUCCAAACACUUUACAUCCCCGUGAGCCGUGUUUGUUAAUAAAUAAAAAACACAUCUAGUGUAUAUUCAGUGUCCCCUGUAAUAACACAGAUUUCUGCAGGUGGCAGAGAGCGUCCAGAGUCUGACUCAGCUCCUCUAUAGUCUGCAGGUAAGAAAGUAUCUGUGACUGAAUACAUGAGUGUUUGUUUUUUUGGGGGUUUUACCGUCCAUCUGUGUUUUAUUUUUUAUAAUUCUUGAUUCAAUAAGGUCCAAAUUCAACAAGCCGGUUGAUCAAAAGCAACUACAGCCUAAAGAAACAGUCAGUGAUGAUACAGAGGGAUGCAUUUUGUGAGCAAGUGUCUCCUGUGCUGUGUUGGUAGGCUGCUGUGACUCUCCAGGACAGCUGCUACGAAGUCCAGAAACUCCUUCUCCAAGAGGGGGACAAACCUCAGCUCCGAACCCUCACCUCCCUCCAAAACAGUUUGGUAAAAUAAACACCUUUACUAAACAAAAAGUAAAUGAGCCCUUUGAGGAAGUUCGACUAGGACACUGCUGCCCCGUUUUAAAAUAAGAAAAGGCCAUGUGAAUUUCUGUUGUUAUCCAGGAGCUGGACAAGCAAAGGAGUGUGGAUAAGAGGAAAGAUGAGGCAGAAAAGAAAGGUUUGGAGAGGAAGAAAGAGGAGGUGGAUGAGGUGCAGAAACUCCAUGUGAGGCUAAAACAGGAGCAGCAACGCUGGGACAAAGAGUGCCUGACCAGAGAGAAACAACAAGUGAGUCCUGUGACAAAAUCUUUCAGCUCGUUCGGAGUCACUAUCUGUCUUUGUGGUUUUGUUCUCUGCCGAAACUGUCACCUGAGAGCUAACAAGUCAAGAGCAUAACCUGUUUACAGAGGGUUACUCAGCAUUAUUGGGAGAAAUAGUCAAACUGAUGGUAGAUUUUGCUAAAAUAUAAAAUCGAGGUUUAUGUAUUUUUUUAUUUAUUGAAUGAAACAAAGCAACAUGACGGGUGAAGGACAAUACGCUAGCUUAACAUGCAGACAUUGGAGACAAGACACAACGUUUAGACGAGCAGGGACUCGAACCCUGCUGAAAGGGUUACUCUGUGUGUGUGUGUGUGUGCGCGCGUGUGUGUGUGUGUGUGUGUGUAUAGACUAUAGAGAAGAGUUCUAGCGAGGGAAAAAUAGGAGGAAAAAAAUACUAAAUGUUCAAGAGGAAUAUAAAUAUUAACAGUAAUACUACGACUACAAUUAGUCCCACUACCACCACCACUGCAACAGCUACUACUACUACUACUCAUAAUAUAACACCAAUAAUAGUAACAUGAAUAAUAGUAAUAAUGAUAGUGAUAUUAAUAACAAUAACAACAAUAAUAAUAAUGAUAAUGCCAUAGCUUUUUAUUAUUAAUUAGUAAUUUCCCAUCUUUAUAGUUUUUUUUUUUGUGUGUCAUAAAAUCCCACGACUUGAACUUCACCUCUCUGUUAACGGCUUUUAUAGAUAGCUGAUAUCAGCAGAACUUCCUGUGCAGCUAUGUGGAGAUGUUAUUUGUGGUGAAAUGGUGCAACUUCCUUUUUCUUGAGAACACGGGUUUGAGUUUCUGCCUGAGCUUAAAGCCAACUGGUCCUUAACACUUGCAGCUCUUGUUUAGAAAAACUCUGAGUUUUUAAAACGUUUCACAUGUUGAAAAUAAAAGUUAAAAAUUCUAAAAUUACACAGCUGCAGUUUAAGGGAUAUUCCAGCGUAAGAUUAAUUUAUGGUCAAACACACCGUAACACUGAGUUAGACCCCAUCUCGAGAGAUGAAUGUUGCCGACCGCUUGCUUCUCUAUACCAAGUUUAGUAACGACGUUCUUCAUUCUUCCUCGAGCUGCGUCACCCCGCAGCAGUCCAUAAUGGACUGGCCCGAGGUCUCGCUACAAACAAGCGGCUCCUGGAAGAGAGUAGGUGAGUUGUGUUUAGUCUCUUUCGUAAAAAAAAGUUAGGCAAAGUUAAAAAGAUGUUUGAUGACUAGUUCUAUGGCGUGGACCCUAUAUGUUCUGUUGACGAAGUUAGGUGCUGUUCUGAGCAUUAUUUGUGGCUAUAGAGUGGCUUUUUGGUUGAGGUUUGUUUAUGGCUCCUCAGACCGCUGAGUCUUGCUAUCGUGCAGUUGUCGCUGAAGUGGUGUUCGGUGUUCUGGUGUGUUUGACCCUAAAUUAGUUUUAUGCUGGAAUAUCCCUUUAAAGAGUAAAUCUGUGUCAACUGUGUCUUUACAUAGAAGCCCUUUCUGGGGUCGUUUGUUCCUGUUCCUCACAGGGGAACUGUGGCAUAUCAAUAUCACGGUAUUAUCAACACUACACCAAUAAAAUCAGCAUCACAUACCCGUGUUAAAGUAGCAUGUAUUUGUGCAGGGUGAGCAAGAGAGUGCACUGGAGCAGCGGGAGCAGCAGUGCCUCCUGGAGGCCGAGCGUCUGCGGUUUGAGCGUGAGGAGCUGGAGGCCCAGCUGCUUGAGUAUCAUCAAAAUCUAGAGCGGCUGAGGGAGGGUCAGAGGAGCGUGGAGAGGGAGAAGGAGAAGGUCGAGGCCCAGCAGAGGCUACUCCAGAGCUGGAGACACACCCGUCAGAGCAGCCUGCCUGUUACCAUACCACUGGACGGAUACAAGGUAAGAAGUCGGCUCAAUAAGAGACUAAAAGUUUAAAAAAGCAGAAUAACAGGUGAUUGUUUCCAUUUCUAAGGUGUCUGGACACAGUCGUUCAGGCAGCCUGGAUGGAAGCUGCUCUGUAAACGAGAAUGAGGCGACUCUCCUCGCCUCCCUCAGGCAGAACCGACUCCACCCGCCCGCCAACAACAACCAGCACCAGCGUCUGCUCUCUGUGCCAAGAAAGAACCAAGACGGCUCUCUGCACAGCUCCAGCUACACCGCAAACCUGGGUCUCAGCGCCAGCCUUUACAACAGCCUGAACACCCUGCUGAGUCAGACGCACAGCAAACAGCCUGCAGACGGGCUGACAUUCCCAAACUACAGCAGCAACCACGGCUGCACCCAGCCUCUGAGCGACUCCAUCCACCCCUUCAGCAGCAGCAGCAGCAGGGUCACUGCACAGCCACAAAGGACCAACAGUGAGUGCAGAUGUAGUUCCUGUAGUGUGAUCAGACUGUUAAUUUGGUCUCUAUAUGUACCUCUGUCAAAGCUAAAACAUACAGGAUGCGUAUUUGGAGUGUUGCAGCAGUGUCGCAUAUCACGCAGCAAAUAGGUUGCUAUUCUGAUCAAUGCAGCAAAGUGUACAGGACGCGUAUCAGCUCCGUCGCAGCUCCGUAUCAGAAGCGUAUCGAGCGCUGCUCUGGUAAAGAUUCGUGCCAAGUCUCUUUUCUCUGCUCUAUGUUUCUGAUACGCGUCAAUCUGCACAGAGAAGAUCGUUCUAGACAGGAUGUCAAGCACGAAAACAUGUGCUUGUCAUCCGGUAUUUCAAAAUAUAAUACCAUAUGCAAACUCUUGACUGUGUAUCAGUUCAUGUAGAUGAGAAAUACUUCCUGGUUCUGGAUUUAUCAGGAACACAGAACAAUCUGAUGGUCAAUCCCUGAUCCAUGUGGACCCUAACAGGACUUUUAACUUCUAACUCUGUCUGAAGGUAACAGCACAGCAUAAAGGAACAAAGUUUACUUUAUUAAACAUGAGUGAACCUGCAAAAACAGAAACUGUGAAAUCAUGUUGCUUGUUUCCCAUGUAGUAGAGGCUCAACUGUCACUGAAUUUUUUCCAAAUUAGCAGGAAAUAGACCACAGAAAGGAAAAAUAACCUGUUGUGAGCAUGUUGUUUCCUCUAUACUGAGCCCAGCUGACCAGGGCUGCACUACGCUGCCGCUCAAAUACGCAUCCUGUAUGCGAUAUCAAAUGCUGCUCUAAGGAGCAAAUACGGAACGUGCUCAAUACGGAUCCUGUAUGUUUUCAGCUUUAUAAUAUUUUACUUCAUAUCUUCUUUUUGAGAAAACUUCAUUUUGUUCCUCAAGCUUUUCCCUUGUUCUCUUCCCAGCAGACUUCAGCCCACCGUCAGACAGGAGACCCCUCGGUCCCUGGAGGUCAGAGGUCACUGGCCACAGACUGUAUGAGGAUGACUACUCCUCGUCCCCCUCUCUCACUCCCCUCCUCCCCCCGCAGGCUUACCUCUCCCUGGAAGGACAGAACAGGGAGGAAGCAGGCGAGGAGAACAUCGUGUACCUCUGA